GAUUCCCGUUCCAAAACCCCCUUCAAAAUAUUGAAACAAAAAAAUAUUGGUGGAGAGUAUGGAUACUGAUUAGUGGAGAGUACAAGGCCCCAAUGCAAAUAGCUCCUUUUAGAUAAACUGCAGAGCAAUUCGAACCUCCCAAGAAUGUUGAUAUAGUUUUGAAGAGAGCAGAGAUGGCAACCACCGUCUCUUCGUUUGUCUUUUCCGGAGCCAACUCCCGUUUCCUUCUCUCACAUCCAAUUGAUUCGAGCCGGCCGCUUCCACUCCACCGUCUCCGAUUGCAGAGUCGAUGCGCCAUUGCCACUUCUUACUCUCCUGCUCCGUCGGUGUUGUAUAGGUGUUCGAGGAAAAAGAUCAUAAGGUCAUUCAAGGAGGAAACCUCAGUUCCAGAGGCUGCGGCUGAAGGUGAAGAUGCGUCUUCUUCGCCGCAGGACAUAGCUGACGAGACCGUUUCGGUUCCAGUGUCCCCUUCCGACGCCCUCACCAUGUUCUUCCGCGCCGAAGGAACUAUGAAUGACGCAUUAAUUCCUCAAGUGACCAAGGCUUUAGAGUUCAAAUAUCUGCAGGAAAUAGAAGGUAUAUCAGAUCUCAAAGUUCAAGUUGCCGAGAGCAUGGCAAGUGUGGAGUUGACAAAGCAAACAGUAAUACAAGCUACAGGGGUGGCUUCAAGUUUAGUUGAGACUAUACAAGGUUCAGGCUUCAAGUUGCAAACAUUGAAUUUGAGCUUUAAGGAUGGUGAAGAUCUGUAAUAGGCUUGGCAUGAGAUCAUGCUUCCAGAAUGAGUAUGCUUGCCCUUUGGCAUUGCUGCCAGCUGAGUAGGCAUGUGUUGUUAGUAUCAUACUUGAUAAGAUACAUUUCCAUAUUUAUAUGGUUCUUUUUGGGUUACUUAAUUGGUACUUAGGUUGCUUUUGUAUUCCAGUUUGUAAUUGGCUUGUUAUAACAAAAGCUUUUUUUUGUACAGUCCUUUUUUUUCCUGUAGUUUAAGAAUGUGUUCAGUUUUAACAAAAAGUUUAAGGGGUAAAUUAAUGAUUGAACUACACAUUUACUACUAUGAGUGAUGAGUGAUUUUCCCAAG